AUGCCAUUAACAAUGAAUACAGAUACGGAUAACUCAAUAUUCGAUCAUCCUCAUAUUUUUCCAAUAGGACAGAGUCACCAUAAUUUUCAUCCUUAUCUGAAUAAUGGACUUAGUUAUGGAAACAGCACUGGAUCAGUAAGAUCUAACUCACUUAUAUCAACUGGAUCCAACUUUUCUGAGCUUGACUUGUUGCCAGAGCUUUGGAGAGCUGAGUCUGACGAGCUGAAUAUUACUCAGAAUAGCUUACUGCCUCCAAUAUUUAAAUCUUCAGAUAUAUGGAAUCCUGAACCUACAAAGUGGCUUCCCAAUGAUUUGCUAGAAUUGCCACAACCUGCGUUCGGAGAACCCGAUAUUUUUAAUUUAGAGCUCCAGCAAGUUCCACAGCAGACAAAAUCCCUGAAGAAGCCACUUUGUCCUUUGAAACAAAGACAAAACCUCAACACUAAUCUAUACAAGACUGAACUUUGUGCAUCAUACACUAAAUUAGGAGUUUGCCCCUAUGGUGGGAAGUGUCAGUUUGCGCAUGGUGACGAGGAGUUGAAAAAGGUAGAUAGACCUCCCAAAUGGAGGUCAAAACCUUGUGCUAAUUGGGCUAAAUAUGGAAAUUGCCGUUAUGGCAAUAGAUGUUGCUUUAAACAUUCCAAUUAG